CAUGCCUUGAAGCAGCCCGCCCAUAACGCUUUUUAGAAUUGUCCCUAGCGGGACCCGGUAGCAGCCGACGGGGGCGGCUGUCAGGCGCUGACGGCGGACAGGACGCGCCCAGUUUGUGGCGGCUGCCUCCACUGAGACGCGGCUGACUGGUUAGGUGCGGGACGGCGACGACGACGGUGGUGGCGAGCGGGCGACAGCGACAGCAACGGUGCUAGGGGCUGCUCAGGCCGGGGGUCUCCGGCCGCGAAGACGGCUCCGGCCAUGGACGAGCAGGCGGGGCCCGGCGUCUUCUUCAGCAACAACAACAACAACAACGCGCUGCUGCUGCCGCCACCUCCGGGCGGAGCCGGGCCAGGGUUAGAGCCGGGGGAGGCAGCGGCGGUUGCCGGCGGCUCCUCGGCUGUGCCGGCUCCGGCCUCUGCGGCGCGGGCUCAGUACAGCGUCCCCGGCAUCCUGCAUUUCCUGCAGCACGAGUGGGGCCGCUUCGAGGCCGAAAGAGCCGAGUGGGAGGCAGAGCGGGCGGAGCUGCAGGCCCAAAUUGCUUUUCUUCAAGGGGAAAGAAAAGGACAAGAAAACCUGAAGAAGGAUUUAGUGCGGAGAAUAAAAAUGUUGGAAUAUGCUCUUAAACAAGAAAGAGCUAAAUACCACAAGUUAAAAUAUGGCACAGAGCUGAAUCAGGGAGACAUGAAACCUCCCAACUAUGAUUCUGAUGAAGGGAAUGAAACUGAAGUCCAGUCACAGCCAAAUAGCCAGCUAAUAUGGAAACAAGGACGACAGUUGCUCAGACAAUAUCUGCAAGAGGUUGGAUACACUGACACAAUACUGGAUGUGAAGUCAAAACGGGUACGAAGUUUGUUGGGCCUCUCAGGUGAUGGUCCAGACAGGGAAAAUGACAAAAAUCAAGAAUCGAUGGUGAAUGGCACAGAUGCUGAGAUUAAAGAAAAAGUGAUGAUUGGGAAACCAGAUUUGACGGACUCUGCUUCCCUGCUAGAGACAUUUAAAUUCCUUGAAAAUGCUGCUGCAGAAUUCAGUGAUGAAGAUGAAGAUGAUGAUAUUGAUGGAAGAGAGAGGACAGUCAUGGACACUUCAACGAUUGUAAGGAAAAGGGUGCUGUCUGAUAGUAGUGAAGACAGAGAUACAGAAGAAGCUCUGAAGGAGUUUGAUUUCUUGGCUACAUCUGAUGAAGGAGAUGGAGAAUCCAGAAGUUCAGGAGAUGGUACAGACUGGGAAAAGGAAGACCAGUGUCUCAUGCCUGAAGCCUGGAAUGUGGACCAGGGAGUAAUAACCAAACUCAAGGAACAAUACAAAAAGGAGCGCAAGGGGAAAAAGGGGGUGAAGAGAAAAACUACCGAAGAUAUGUUUCAGCCUCAGUCCUAUAUAAAACAGUCAAAACAGGGAUGUGGGAAAAUGAUGGAGCAAAAUACAGGGCCCAACAGGUCAAAACUACAAGAUAUGCUUGCUAACUUAAGAGAUGUUGAUGAUCUGCCCUCCCUGCAGCCCUCCGUUGUGCCACCCACCAGACCCAGUACUUCACGACUUAUUGAACAGGAGAUAAACAGAACUGAUGAAGUGGAAGCUUUAACAUUCCCUCCUUCAUCUGGAAAAUCUUUCAUCAUGGGAGCAGAUGAGGCUCUUGAAAAUGAGCUUGGCCUUGGCGAAUUGGCAGGCCUUACAGUAGCCAAUGAGGCAGAUUCACUGACAUAUGAUAUAGCAAACAAUAAAGAUGCCCUGAGGAAGACAUGGAAUCCCAAGUUUACUUUAAGGAGCCAUUUUGAUGGAAUAAGAGGGCUGGCUUUCCAUCCAGUUGAACCAGUGUUAAUUACAGCAUCAGAGGACCAUACAUUAAAAAUGUGGAACUUACAAAAAACGUCUCCAGCAAAAAAGAGUGCUUCCCUUGAUGUUGAACCCAUAUAUACUUUCAGGGCACAUAACAGUCCAGUGCUAUGUGUGGUAAUGAGUAGCAGUGGUGAGCAGUGUUACAGUGGGGGAACGGAUGGCCUCAUCCAAGGCUGGAAUACUACGAACCCAAAUGUUGACCCCUAUGAUUCAUAUGAUCCUUCAGUUUUAAGAGGUGCAUUUGUAGGCCACACAGAUGCAGUGUGGGGCUUAGUUUACAGUGGAACACACCAGCGCUUGCUCUCCUGUUCAGCAGAUGGCACUAUACGUUUAUGGAAAGCUUUGGAGAUCUCUCCGGCUCUGAAUAUAUUUAAUGAUAAUCAAGAGAUGGGGAUUCCAUCUUCUGUGGACCUUGUGAGCAGUGACCCAAGCCACAUGGUAGCUUCAUUUAAUAGUGGACACACAAGCAUUUAUAACAUGGAAACAAGACAACGAAUUCUUACCUUAGAGUCCAACAUAGAUACUACGGUUAGCUCUUCUUGCCAGAUAAACAAAGUAAUCAGCCAUCCAACUCUUCCGAUUAGUAUCACCGCUCAUGAGGAUAGACACAUCAAAUUCUAUGACAAUAACACAGGAAAACUGAUCCAUUCCAUGGUAGCCCAUUUGGAUGCAGUCACAAGUUUAGCUGUUGAUCCGAAUGGCUUGUACUUGAUGUCUGGCAGCCACGACUGUUCAAUACGUUUAUGGAACCUUGAAAGCAAGACCUGCAUUCAAGAGUUUACAGCUCAUCGCAAAAAAUAUGAUGAAUCCAUUCAUGAUGUGGCAUUCCACCCCUCCAAAUGUUAUAUUGCCAGCGCAGGAGCAGAUGCGCUUGCUAAAGUCUUUGUAUGACGCAAUGCUUCCCUUGCCUUCUAGCUGCUGUGUAUAUAUAACAAGCUGUACAAAAGACAUGGGCAAGAGCCUUUUCCCUGCCCUUUAAUUCAGUGAAUGCUACAAUGGUUUAGGGGUUUUUUGUUUUGUUUUGUUUUGCAGAGUGCUCUUUUCUAAAUUAAAGGGUUGUAUGGGUUAUAUAAGCUCAGCUAAUGCUGAGACCUGGGGAACUCUCUUUCAAAUGGUCUACAAAAGAACCAUUUUUAUUUUUGAAGGUGUCAGUAUUUGUCCAGGCAGGCCUUGGACAAAACAGAGAUCCCCAGUGCUCUCUAUUAACAAUAUAGGCAAUGCAGAUAUGUCAUGUUCUAGAAGUUGUGGAUAGGUAAAAACUUCUCUGACUUUUUCUCAGUUGAAGAAUUUUAUCCACAUAUUUCAGCAAAUUAGCCCCAAGUGUUGGAAACCACCAAAAGAAUAUCAUUCCAUCUUCUUCCUUUUUGGUAUUAACAGCUGGAUGAUGUACAAAAAAAAUUAUUUUAUUUAAUUAAACCUGCUGGCUGUUAACAUUAGAUAAAUUGGGUGUAAAACAUCAAAUAUUUAAAAAUAUUGGUGCAGUAAUACAUUGCCCUAAGUAUGUUGUAUUAAAAUCAUAUAUAUCUAUAUAUAAUGCAGAAAAUGUAUGUUUUAUUUAAGCCUUUGAAGGAAUGUGUUAGUAAGUGGCUGGAACCACAUUAGCCUUUACUUCAGCUUCAUAUAAUUUGAGGAACAUCUUGUCUGUCUGGAAUGUGACUUGUUUCAAAUGCUGAGUCUUUUCUGUUCAUGCAGAGCUCACCACUACCCCAGACACUCUCAUUCACACACUGAGAUGGACAGCAUCAGCGCUGCUUCCCUGUGGUGCAGUUCCACCUUGCUAGGGAGUGUGACUGAAUUAAUCAACCAUGUGAGUGGGGCCUAGUCUGGAACUUCUUUCCUGCCUGAUCUUCCCCCUCUUGAUGGGAUGCUGAUUUGAUGGGAAAGUGUGCAGUUCGUCCAUGUGACUGCUUAAUUCAUAAACGCCAUAACUGUGGGAAGCGGCUACUAUGCCACUAGGGGGUCAGUCUGUGUGUGCAUGUGUGUAAAAAUAGAUUUAGUGUCUGUCCAUCCAGAGAAACAAAGAACAUAAAGAUGUCUUGUCUUUCAAAUCUGUGCAAAUUCCAGCAUCCCAAAAAUGUUUUGACACUGUAGUUGUUAACUGUGUGCAAGGUUAUGCCAACAAAAGGUGGAUGGAAAGGUAGUCAACCCUAUCAUCAUGGCUUUAUUAAAGAGGUUUUCCUGAUUAGCAAUCUGUGGUAGAAUUGAUUUUUUAGAAGAAACCUGAAAUUCAUGAAGAUAACGUUUUUAAAUGGUUAAGGCUGCCGCAAAUUUAUUUGUAAGCCUUGGAUUUCCUCUUCCUGUGCACUCUGUGGCCAGAGAAAACCAUUACAGGAUCUUUAAGGGAAAGGUAGUAAGGCUUAAAAAAAACCACACCAUAAACAUCUGGAUUCUUGGCUUUGUAACAGUCAUUGGGUGACACACAGUACCAGAAUGAUACAUACAUAUACAAGCACCCAUAUUUUCAUUUUUUAAAAAUGAAAUGUUUCUUGUUUAGUGCCAAAUUAAAGCCAGUGAUCUGUUUGGCAUUUUGAAUAUGUAGCUUCAUAACCAAGUCACAUUUUAAUUUAUACUUUUUGAUUUUAGGUAUCACAGAUGUGCGGAAGGUUACUGAAGCAAAAUAAAUAGCCUUUAUUCAGAGAAAUAAAGAUAAAGGUGAUGAAACUGAUUCCACAAGUGCACAAUAUAUCAAAGAGCAGGCCUUGCAAGUCUGUAAAUAGAAAAAGGGGGUCAUAAGUGUGUGGUUUUUGUUCCAUUAUACAACAGGACAUAUUUGCCAAGCAGAUAAAGACACUGGCAAGUACUGAAUUCAUCUAUCACAUUACCAAUUAUUGUUUUAAGAAGUACAUAUUGAAGACAACCCCUGAAAGACAAGCUUUCUGACCCAGUCAGAUGAAGAGGACAGCCCACAAUGCAGUGAUGAAGAUUAACAGCCACUUGUCCAGAGAUAUUUGCAAGCACCACCUUACGUAGUGUUUGGUCACUCUGUAAUGGUCACUCUGCUUCAAUUUGUCCAGCUCAUUCUAAAAGUGUUUAGGUGCUGUGUGAGUACCUUACUCUAAAAUAGAGUUGAAAGGGCUGGGAGAAAUCCUGCUGCACUCUGAAGUAUGUUGUCUUCUGAAAUCAGGGAAUUGAAAACAGACCAGAAAGGGCUAUCUUGCCUCAAACCUCCAUUAGUAACUAUGCCAUUAUGCACAGACAAUAGCUUUAGGUUUAGUUGGACUGCACACCAUGUAUUUAAUUUCCCUGUCAUCAUUGUCCUUCGAGACACACAGAUCCGUAACCACAAGGCAUUUAGAUAGUAGAGCAGCUCUUACAGAUGGUUGAGAGUAUUACAUUUACCAAGAUUGAUCAUGCUCUUGUUUGCUUACUUGGAAGAGGGAUAUUGGCAUGCUAUCUCUCCAAGUUACUGAGAUUCAACAAAACAUUGCUAUGCUGACCUUCAGGGAUUGAGCAGGUGAUCAGUUGUGCUUGUUCAAGUCUCAUUCUUUUUAUGAUAUGGCAUACAUUUCUUUCCACUGUGUAGUAGAGUAUAUCCUUUCAAAUAGCUAAAGGAUUUUAAGGUUCUUCAGACAAAAUGCAAGCAUUUGCAUUUUGCAAAUACAAUCACAAUCACCAUCACUUUCAUCAUCCUUCUUGUCUUCAGUUAUGAUGUGUUCCAUAAAAGUGCUCUGGAAAGAAAGCAAACAGCUCUCCAAAGAAACACCAGCCGGAAGGACCAUUCCUUUCCAUCCUAGUUGUAAGUUAUAGAAGAAACUUAUGAAAGAAAAUUUCUUUGACCAAGUCAGUGUUUUCUGUUGCUGAUUUCAGCAGCUAUGCAUUGUUGCAUGGUUGAUCUGAUAUAGUCCACCCUUCCUGCAGGAACUGGGGAGGAGAGAGACUGUAUGCAGUGGUAGCUUGAUGUGCAGAAAAGUUCAGGGAGGGCUUGGGCGUGGGGUGGGGGGAUCCUCUGAAACCCUGAACAGCCACUUUCGGUCAACAUAGCACUGAGGUAGAUUGACCAAGGGUCUGACUCUGUCCGUAUAAGGCAACUUCAUGUUUUAACCAAUGUCAUGGAAAACGUCUCUACUUGUUUACUUCCCUUGGCAGAAUGAACAUCACUGCGUCUCCAGUUACCUUUAGAAUUGUUUAUUCACUCAUGAUAGUGCAGUCUGAAAUACCUUCUCUGCCACAAUUUUAAAAGUUGAGCAUAAAACCUUGUCAUUUUGACCAUCUCUUUAAAAGUAGACUGUACUAGUUCAAUAUGGAAUAUUGUCCUGGAUUCAUUAGUGCAGUAAUGUGGGGAACACAUGAAUCAUAUCCUGCAAAUUGCUCAUAUGACUCAGUCUUUGAAGAACUGUGUAGCCCUCAAACCUGAUAUAUUUAGAUACAUGAUAUUUGGCUAUAUGGGAUCCUGGUAUGUUCAGAUAUGAUGCUAUCAAGUUUGGCCUUCUAGAAUAUGAUGCAUGUUAGGCUGCAAACUGACUUCAAGUUACUAUUACUGGCCUUCUCACACAGUGGCAUUUGUGAAUGUGUUUGGACAAAUUACUGAGAGUCUUCAUUACUCUGAUGUGGCCUACACUCUUCAUCUGUCUGGUUGGACUGCUAAGCCAGCCCAGAGUCAGAACUUGGAAAGACCUUCUUGGAUGUGUAGGGACCAUGGGAAGUCGGGGUCUUAAUGAACACCCUGAGGCCAUCCUCUUGGAAACUACAUGACUUGGAGGGAAACUGCAGGAUAAGACGCCUGAUGUGCCCUGACUGAUAACACACUCCAGCUUGCGUCCUCUGCAGUUACCCCCUAUACCACAAAAGCAGAGAGAAGGAUGAGUCUUAGUAGAAGCCCAGACCAGGAACUGUAUUGCAUGUUUGGCAGCAUGUGGUCCCUCAUGUAUGAGCACUACCUGGCAGGAAGAAGCAAAAGAACCAGUGCAUGUUUUGGUUCAGGGCCCUGCUGAUGCUCCUGGAAGGGGUGAGGCAGCUAUACAUCUGCUUAGCUGGUGCUUAGUUGUUGUUGGAGCAACACCUCAUUCUGUUCAGCCCCCUGGUUUUGUGAGGCUGCUUGGCUGAGCUUCAGCAAGCAUGCUGCAGUCCUGCUCCUUCACUUGCUUGACAGGUAAGUUGGAGAACCCAAAUGGACCAGUAACGUUGGUGGAAACAGGAUAGUGAUACAGAUUCUGUGCUUGUCAGCAUCUUUAGUUAUUUGGCAACUGUUACAUAUCAAAUAAUAUGAUGUAGUAAUAUGGUUACAAGCUUGCAAGGACCUGCUCUUUAGCAUGUGAUAUCCUUAUGGGGAUCUACUGCAUCUUUAUUUCUUUGUGUAAGGAAAUUUCUACUUUGUUUAUUUCUACUUUAUUUCUACUUUGCCUCGAUAACCUUCUGCUCAUUUAUUUGAUUUCAUCUGAAAGAAUAUCCAUUAAAAUGUGACUCGCAGAAUGCGAAAUGUAGUUUCAUAACUAAUUGAAAACCAAAAUGGCUUGUAAAGAUCAGUUUUGACUAACAAAGUUGGUGCACUUUGAGGGACUGUGGCAUGCACCUCCCCCACUCUCCCUGCAUGUUCACUGUUGUACAAGAAUCCUUAGAGUUUGAAGUGCUCCUCAUGCUCUGGGUGGGUCAGUCAGGUGUUUCUGGUCUUGCAGAGCUCUUCCAGAGUGUGGGGAGUACACCGAAUUCUAAGAUCUUUGCCGCAAAAGUGGGCAUGCAGGGAGAUCCGGGGUCGGGGGUGGGAUUGUGUGAGGCUCCUGACACAGCCCUGCAGCCCCCCGAAGCAGCCCCCUUCAUUCGGCUGUUGGGCAGUAGCUUUAAUUUUAUAUUAAACACAAGACAGCCUUAAAUUAAAACUUGUAUGUAUUUGGUUGGAACUGUAUAAGUUGCUAAUUAUAUUCAUGCGACAAGGCCAAGAAUCCAGAUGUUUACUGAAGUUCUUGUGUGUGUUCUCAAACGGAACAUCUUCUCCUUAGAGACUUUGCGAAGUUUUUAUCUGGAAACAGAACAGCCUGCAGGAGGGUAGUCAACUAUGCGGUACUCUUGGAGCAGAAUAAAACCUUAACACAAGAAUAUUUACCACUAUAUUGUAGUACAAUCAAUGGUUGUCUCUUGUUGAUUUGAAGAGGCUGAAUUCUGCAUUCAGUGUUUUUUACAAAGUGAGAAGUACCUGUUAGUAGGUGUUACUGUUGCUACGGAUAUGCUAUAUAUUUCUCUUAAAUGAAAAUAUGACUCCUGUACUGCAGUCCUAUGCAUGCUUAGGAGAAUGUCUCAUUGAACUUAGUGUUGUUUACUUCUGAGUAAGCAUGCCUAGGAUUGCACUCUUAAGUCUAAAAUUACAAGAACACCUCAAAAGUGGAAGUCAGACUGCAUUAAAAGAAACUAUAUGUGAAUUCUGUGUAUGUGCCCCUUGUUCUCUUGGUGUCAUUUAAAAAAAAAAGAAUAUAGGUUUAUUUGGAAAAAAAACAAACGAUGAAGUUGUGUAUAUUAUGUGUGUACAUAUCUAUCUCUAUAUAUAGAUAUAUAUAGCUAUAGAUUGUAAACUGUGUAAUAAAUGCGUCUAAGGGAAGAAUCUAGGGUUAAUUUUAAUGUUUUAGUAUAAAAAAUUCUCCAGACUUUGUGAGUACAAAGGAUAAAAGGUAUUGGUAUUGUGCUUUUUGCUUAAGCAAUAUAAUACAUAGUUGCUGAUGUUUAAAAUGCUGUACAUAGAAUUAAUAAACUAGCAUGCUUGUUUUUAAGAUUCUCAUUCUGAUUAAAUUAUGAAUGUAAAAAAAAGUUGCUAUUCAAAUAUGGAUUGAAAGAUGCACCAUUCUGCUUAGUAAGUUCUUGAUCCAAGUGAAGUGACUUUUAAAACAGGCAAAUAGCUAGAGGCUGAGGUGCCUUUUGACAAACAAAAUGUAGCCUUACCACACGGUUGUGGGCUCUGUAUUUGUGCUCUUCUCCAGACUGUGUGUCUGUCUCCUGCUUGCGUACUAUAGACUGCGUUGUACUGUGCACAAGUAUUCAAGUUCUUUAAGAUGCCAUCUUUGCUCAGAGCUGAAAAAGACCCCUUAAUUAACUUUUGAUGUACUUGUUCCAUUUAUUUGCCAGUGCGUGUUUGCACUUUCCUGGGCAUUUACAAGCAUUUGGAGCAGGCUCAUUGACCUUCUGCCCACAUUCUUUUUAAAAAAUCAGCAGCUAAACUAGUGAACUGCCUUCAUUGGAAAAUAUUGUGGUUUGAUAUUCAGUGCUGUAAAACAUUUGCCUGUGCGCUUUGAUCUGUGAGAGGUUGCUGGACACAUACCCAUCAUCACUUGAUGCUGUCGUGAUUAAGUGAUGAACAUCUAUGUGUGAACUCACCCUUAGGAGAAACUUUAUUCACUCAGCUUUGCACAUGGAGUAGCAUCACAGUUGCAUAGAUAGUGCUCCUAUUUGUGUGUGUGUCUUCUGUAUCUUUGAAGUGCAAACAAAUUCCUCUGAUGGAGAGCAAGGGAUAUAUUGCAUAUGACAUUAACUAUAGCCAUUCUUAGGUGCAAUAUGAGUCACUGUAGUUUUGAGCUCUUCUUAAGAGGUGUGACAGAAUAAUAGUGUUAGAAUUGGAAGGGACCUUGGAAGUCUUCUAGUUCAGUCCCCUGCUUAGUGUGGGAAACUCCUACAGCAUACCUGACAAAUGGCCUGUUCUGGAAACCUGCAGUGAGAGAGAGCGCACUAGUGCCCAGGAUAGACUCUUCCAUUGCCAAACAGCUCUUACACAGUUUAAAAAACAAAAACAAAACUCCUCCUAACAUUGAGCCUAAAUCUACUUCUUUGUUAUUUCAACCCAUUGGGUCCAGUCCUUCCCUUAAGAGCAACAGAAAAUGUCUGCUGCUUCUGUGUGGCAGCCCUUUAGAUAUUUGAAGACUGCUUGUACAUCUCCCCUUUAUCUCCUUUCUCCUGUCAGGUGCAUUCGUUCACUCAUUCCACUAGCUUCAAGUUGCAGACUAAGGACAGCACUGUUUGCAUAGUCCAGGAUACAGAUUGCUCCAGGGUUGUUCCACAUCAGGAGCCUGUGACAUAGGAUCAACAUUGCACAUAUGCUGUAGCUACUCAAAUUUGGUUGUUCUGCAAAUAGAAACAUAGGAAGCUGCCAUAUACUGAGUCAGCCCAUAGGUCCAUCUAGUUCAGUAUUGACUACACAGACUGGCAGCAGUUUCUCCAAGGUUCAGGCAGGAAUCUCUCUCAGCCCUAUCAGGGAGGGAAUCUGGAACCUUGUGCUGUUCCCAUAAGGGGAAUAUCCUGUAGUGCUCACACAUCAAGCCUCCCAUUCAUAUGCAACCAAGGUGGACCCUGCUUAGCUAAGGGGACAAGUCAGGCUUGCUACCACAAGACCAUAUCUCACAAGACCAGCUCAAAUGUUGGCCUACAACUCCCAUCAUCCCUGACUAUUGCCCACUGUGGCUGGGAAUGCUGGGAACUGUAGUCCAAAAACAGCUGGAGUGCCACAGUUGAAUAGUCCUCCGUGGACUGUAGAUCUUAAAUCCAUGUAAUAGAGCAAUUCAAAGAAAAGCCAAUUGAAGCCUCACCUGUGAAAACUUGAAAAUCUUGACAGUCUUGAAAAAAUGUUGGGGUUUAAGAGCCAAUCUACACACUUAGAAACGAAGUAUAUAGCACAGCCCUCCUUGUACUGUUGCCUUUCAGAAUGCAGGAGAGGAUUGAAUUAUUCUGUGUUGCUCCAUGGAAAGAAAUGGCCUGCAUAUUAGAAAUCGAGAAGAAGGUCAGGGUAGGAUAGAACUUUUCUUGGCCAUAGGCAGGGAGUUUAAAUAUGGGGGAAGCAUUCAAAUGUGGCUUUUUCAUAGGCAUUCUAAAAAGAGACAUAGGUCAGUGUUAAAGCACAUGCUCUGUGUGUGUGUGUGUGUGUGUGUGGUUACAAGUUAAAUUCCCAGCAUUUAUAAUUAAGGUCUUGUUAAGCAAAUUUGGGAAAGAUUUAUCUGCCUAAGCCAUGGAGAGACUCUGGAGAGCAAGCAGUGGAUGCUGGGCUAAUGGACUAAUGGUCUGACUUGGUAUAAGGUAGCUUCAUGUGAAGUGGAACAGGCUGAAGAGUACUGUGCCAUUUGCAACUGCUAUAUAUUUAUGGACCCUGAUAUCUUUUUAACCAAAGCAGAGCUAUCUAAAUAUGUGAGUACUCAUGUUGAGAACUCUCAGUAUAGGUUCUUCAUAUCAAUAUUAGGUUUUUAGGAGACAUUGUAUUUCUUUAAUACACUAAUAUUUGGUACUUAAAGACACUUGAACCUUACACAGUUUACCAGAUGUCAUUAACAUAUGCUAUAAUUGGGGUUCGUGUAGGAUCUAGUGCUGUUUCCUCCUCUUCCUACCAGAUUACUUUACAAAAUAAUGUUUGAGCCGAGAAAUGCAUAAGACCACCGCUAGGAUUCAAAUAUCUGUGAAAGUAGUUUGUGAUUCUAUAGGCUUUUUUCUCAACAGCAGCUUCUAAUUCUAAUUUCUUGCAUAUAGUUAUUCCGUUUGAAUUACUUGCUCAGAGUCUUGCAAAAUGUUUGUCUCAGCACCAGUAUUAAGUGUAGAGGAGUUACACAGCUGGGUUUGUAGGGAUUUUUUUAAGAAAGGGAAAUAAUGUUUUGCCAACUCAAAUACAUCCAUUGCCUGUAUGGCUAACUUAAUAAAAACCAAGCAAAGAUAUUACAUAAGGGAUAAUGGUAGGCUUCAGACUUUCAACAAUUUUCCCCCUUCACCCUUUGGAAUGAGUGUGUGUAAUGUAAAUUGACUUCUGGGUUGAUGCCUUCCAAAAUAUUUCCUGUAAUAGUCAGGUGUUUAUGAUACAUGCAGAUUUUGGUGCCACUGUAUCUGUGCCACUAUAGGAAAGGGCAGUUUUUGAAAUCAGACAAAACAUAUUAACCUCUUAUAAUAGGCAGCUCAGCUGAAAGGGUCUCCUGUUCUACAGUCAGUGGUUUCCCGAAGCCCCACAAGCUGGACAGCAUACAGAUAGCCCUAUUUCUCAGUAAAUUAAUGUGUGUCAGAUUUAACAAAAUCACUACCGCUGAACUGAAAGGGACAUAUGCCAUUUCUGGAGUAUCUUACUGUCUCGUUUCAGUAAAAUUGCACAGUUUUUAUUGAUUUCAACCUGGAGCAAUGUGGAGUUUGAAAUAUCCAAGCCUGACUCCCCUGUUUUUACACCAAAAAUGUUGUGCCACCUCAGAGAUUCCUGGUGUCGUCUUUUCCUUGGGCUAAAAUGCUUUUUAAUAGGCUCAUUUGGUUUUUGCCACCUAUUAAUAAGUUCUAUUUAUCAUGUACCUCCAUAUUAGAGCUUGGCAAACAGGCAAGGCCAUAUUUUGCUAUGGUAUUCUUACAGUGUGGCUGCAAACAAUGUGGAGAGAAGAUUUGAAUUUAAAUAACUAGUUUUAUUUGUACUACUUGUAUUUUUAAGCCCCAUUCCCCUCUUUAAAAUCAAGACAGCUGUUGAUAGCUUGAAAACAAUAAACAUAUUUUCGUUAUUCCUGAUCAGCUAUGUUUUGCUUCUGCUUCCAACACAGUUGAACUGAACAAAAAAUACUUUUUGGAAAAGGGUUUUUAAAUCCUUUAAAAAAAAAAGAAUAUUUACUUAAAAUAGAAAUAGAUUCUUCUACAACUGAAUUAUUAAUCAAAAGUUUCUGUUCCAAUGGGUUAUGUUGUGCCUCAUCAUAUUGUAGUCUGGUUCAUAUGAUCAUUUGAAACUUUCAGUUUGUGGGAAAUAGCAGCCAGUGGAAAGAGUGCUGAAAGACCGUGCAUUAUGAAAUGCUUGCACAGAUUGGACGCAACGUGAAGUGUGUCCUGGCCUUUCGAAUAAAUAGAUAACAGCGUCACUGAAAAUAGUUGCUAUAGUUGAUUUUGCCAGGAAAUAUCAUGUAUACUGGUCCACUAGGUUACUUUAUUUAGUUGUGGAGUAUUGCUGUCUUGGCCCAGAUCAACUGGGAAAUCUUGUGGUGAGGCAUGGUGGAGAUUGAGCAAUCAAACAUGUGAAAGUACCCUUUUUGAGUAAACAAGAGUAGCCUUUUCAAUUGUUAUGGAAAGGUAACUCUGGUGUAAAAUAUCUAGCUGAAUAAGGCAGUUUGUCAUACUUGUGUUAUGUUUCAGGAUCACAAUAUGGAAACGUCAGUUGUGAUGUGAUAUAUUGUUUACAUUUUGACCAGAAUAAGUUAUCCCAGUAUAAAUCACUGUUGCAGAUGCUUUUAUCACGUUGGGGAGAGAUGGCAUGAAUAAGUAAAGCAGUAUUGAUGGUAUACUUUAGGCUGCAAAAGGUAUCUUCAGUGCUGAAUGAUGCUCAAGAGCUGUCACCUUUAUUCUGAGAAUCCAUUGUUUAAUCCCCAAAUUUUAAAAAUGAAUACCAGAUUAACUUUUAGAGCUGUGUGUUUGAAGAAACUUAUAUAAACGUUUGCAAUUUUUCUUCACAGCAGAUAGGAAAGACAUCCACCCCCCGCCAGAGAAAUCACUGGAGGGUGUGUUCUUAAAAUAGACCUCCUUUAAAAGUAAACAGCAGAAAAACUGUGGAACAUUUUGAAUCUAAUAGGAUAGAGAAAAUGUUUGUCUAAUGUAUACAAAUUAUUUUCUGUUAACACAUAAUUUUAAUGAGGCAGUAUUGAAUAGUAAUGAAGGCAGUGACACUGGAUAGCUGUUGAACAAAGAGAUUUCUGUGUACAGUACCUGCAUUCUAAGUUGAGUAAAAUCAAUUGGACCAUCCUGAAGUAACACUAUACAGAGCAGCUUUACUAAAUAUUACAGCAGCAAAUAAAUGUCCUUUGUACUAUGUAUUUAUGUAAAUUGGGUGCUAAUAAAUACUAUUUUUCAACA